AUGGCGGGAGCUCCUAUAACUUCCAUUGUAAACAAUAUGGCUGCUGUCUGUUGUGACAAUACUGAUAAUGAAAUGCAAACCCGACCUGUGGAUCUAGAUCUAUCUGAUUUUAAUAUUUCAAUACAAGAACAACCAGAGAGCGUACAAUUAAGGGAAACCCAAGAGGAUAUUCCUGCAACAACCAAGUUAGCUCCAAAUAUUCAGGCAAUAGACAAGGCCUCAGUACAUAAAAUUUGUUCAGGUCAGGUUGUCCUGACCCUAGCCACUGCUGUAAAAGAGCUGGUUGAGAACAGUGUGGAUGCAGGCGCCACUAUCAUUGAAAUAAAGUUACGAGAGUAUGGCAGUGAGAGUAUUGAGGUCUCCGAUAAUGGGCAAGGUGUUGAAGAAAUGAACUUCGAAGGCUUAACACUGAAACAUCACACGUCAAAACUUCAGGACUUUGAGGACUUGGUGAACGUGUCGACUUUCGGUUUCAGAGGGGAAGCUCUCAGUUCUCUCUGUGCAUUGAGCAAUAUGGUGAUAGUAACAAGACACCAGACAGUAGCAGUUGGCACAAAGCUUGAAUUCGACCUGAACGGCAGAAUUGUUUCCAGGAAAACAGUUCCCCGCCAGGUUGGCACCACCGUACACAUACAAAACAUAUUUCACACACUUCCUGUGCGACACAAGGAGUUUCAGAGAAACGUCAAGAAAGAAUUUGCCAAGCUGGUUCAGGUACUGAAUGCAUACUGCAUCAUCAACACAGGAGUCAGAAUUUCCUGCUUCAACCAAACAGGCAAAGGGAGUCGCACCUCAAUUGUAGCCACCAACGGCAAUGAAUCAAUCAGAGAUAACAUAAGCAACGUCUUCGGUGCAAAGCAGCUAUCGAGUCUGCUUGAGUUCUGUCAGUCAGAAGCCAAAGACGACAUUUGUGAAGACUUUGGAAUAAAACCUCAACAAAGGCCUGGGGUCAAAUUUCAGAUUCAAGGUUUUGUCUCAAAAUGUGAGCACGGUCAAGGUCGCGGUACAACAGACAGACAGUUUAUUUUCAUUAACAAACGACCUUGUGACAGCAGUAAGAUUGUGAAGUUAGUAAAUGAAGUCUAUCAUGGCUACAACAGACAUCAAUAUCCAUUUAUUGUCCUCAGUAUAUCUGUAGAUAAAGAAUCUGUGGAUGUCAAUGUUACGCCAGAUAAGCGACAAAUUUUCUUGGAAGGAGAACCAUUUUUAUUGGCUGUCAUCAAGGCGUCAUUAAUACAAAUGUAUGAGCCAACCAUUUCAGUCUAUAAAGUCAACAAUAUUUUGUCUCCUGCCAACUCUGGUAACAGUGAAAGAGGAGACAACCCAAGUCACAGUUUUACUUUUGGUAAUAAAAUCAAAGAGGAGCAAGAGUUGACCCCCGUCCCCACUAAAAAUGCUUGUGGUUGGCCAGACGUUUUAAAAAGAUACCAUUUAAAAAUACAAUCAUUGUUGAGGUUACGCUAUUAUUUUGCUUUAAAACAGUUGGCGUCAGAUCUCUCCAAUUCUGUGGCCAAGCUGAAACGCUCAUUCAGUAGUGCCUUCACAAGAAACAGUCCAGUGACUCCAGUCAGCCCAAUCAAAAAAGCAAAAAAUGCUUGUCCAAGUUUUAUAUCCAACAAGUCCAUGUCUCAGACUCCCCAGGAUAAGAGUUCCAUAACUCAUUUUUUCAGGAAAUCUGUAAAAACUACUACUUCAUCAAAUAAUGAAACAAUAGAUUCUGACAAAAGUGUCUCAAACACUGACGAAUCUGUUCAGUUAACUAGUUUGCAAGAUGACGUCUUUGAGACUGGACACAUUGUGUCUUCAGAUUCAAGAGUUUCUUUUCCUGUGGACCUUACGGUUUGUGAAGGUGACCAUGCAGUUUGUGAUGGCCCAAGCACUGACAAUGUUUGUGAUGCACAGGCCGUCACUAAAUUACAUUCUGUCUCGAUGAGUUUAAGCUCACAAACAAUGUUAACCUCACACCGGAGUCCUGGCAUUGAUACCUCACCAAAACCUGAAACUUCAGUCAGUGACAAUCGAUUUAAAAUAACUUUCCACACACCUUCUAGUCAAGGAAACUCAGGGGAAAGCUUUAACUGUUUAAGUUUUCAAACCCCAGAGAAAGAUCAACACAAUAAUGAGGAAAGACGUCACAGCCAAGCACCACACUAUGAACCUCAGUAUCAACCAUCAAAUCUUCAAACUGAAUCACAAGUAGAAUUAGAUUUACCGCAAGAAACAAGUGAACGAAAACCUUUGGAAAAAAUCAUACCCUUUUCGAUGGCUAAAUUAAAAGAAAACAUGGCUGCUUUAUCUUUGAAUGUGUCCAACAAAAAUUCAUCAUUUAGUCGCUGCUUUCGUGCUAAAAUCAAUCCAGCAGACAACUCGUCAGCAGAAGAUGAACUCAAACGAGCUAUAAGCAAAGACAUGUUUAUCAAGAUGGAAAUUCUGGGACAGUUCAAUCUAGGCUUCAUCAUUGCCAAACUGGACAGCGACCUCUUCAUCAUUGACCAGCAUGCCACGGAUGAGAAAUACAACUUUGAAAUGCUGCAGCGAAACACUGUCUUACAGAGUCAGAAACUGAUCAGUCCACAAACUAUAGAGUUGACAGCAAGUAAUGAAGCCAUUCUUGUUGACAACUUAGAGGUUUUCAAGAAAAAUGGAUUUGACUUCAUUGUCAAUGAAGAAGCUCUGCCAACUCAAAGAGUUAAACUGGUCUCAACUCCUGUCAGCAAAAACUGGAUCUUUGGGAAAGAUGAUAUUGAAGAGCUCAUAUUUAUGCUGACUGAUUCUCCGAAUGUGAUGUGCAGACCGACUCGAGUCAGAAUGAUGUUUGCCUCCAGAGCUUGCCGUAAGUCUGUCAUGAUUGGUACAGCUCUCAGCCAAUCAGAGAUGAGAAGAUUGGUGAACCACAUGGGAGAACUAGACCAACCCUGGAACUGUCCACAUGGGAGACCAACAAUGAGGCAUUUAUUUAAUCUGGACAUGUUACCCUCCUAGUGAUCUCCCUUUAUCAAGACUUAUUAAACAACUAGGUUUUUUAUGUAAUUGAUGUAUAAAUUAAAUAAACACAGACUCAAGAAAAC